AUGAAGGUGACGAGGUCGGAACCAGUGCUAGUGCACGCUGCCGGCGAUGCCGCGGUCACAGUUCGUGAAGACUACUACUUCCUCUCCAACCUCGACCAGAACGUCGACGUUCUCAUGAAGACCGUCCACGUCUUCAACUCAUCCAGCGAGACGCGUAGCGACAACGCGGCCACGCUUAUCAGGGAAUCCCUUAGCACGGUGCUCUCGUACUACUACCCCUUUCAGGGCGCCCUGGUCGUGCGCCCCGACGGGAGGCUUGCCGUGCGGAACGAUCGCCGUGGUGUGCCGUUCGUCGAGGCACUAGCCGACGAGGAGCUGCGGGAGGUCACGGACGUGUCCGCGCCUUGCGCCGCCGAGGUUCUUGCGGACCUCGUGUACAUCGACAUGGACAGUGAGAACGCCCUGGAGGCGUCCUUGCUGACCGUCCAGGUGACCACGUUCAAGUGCGGUGGCUUCGUCCUCGGGCUCGCCAUGAACCACUGCUUGGCGGACGGCCAGUCCGCGGCCGCGUUCCUCUGUUCCUGGGCGGAGACCGCACGGGGCGUGCCCCUGUCCACCUCGCCGUACCACGAUCGCAAACUGCAGCGCGCCAGGUCUGUCCCAACGAUUUGCUUCCCCCAUGACGAAUUCACUGAGAUAGAGGACGUGUCCGACCUCGCCGGCAUAUUUGGCAACAUGCCUUGCGUGUAUCGCUCUUUCACGUUCGACGCCGGCAAGCUUGAGAGGCUGAAGAAAGCUGCUAGCGAAGACGCCUCCACCACCACGUGCUCGACCUUCGUCGCUCUCACGGCUUUUGUUUGGGUCGCGAGGACGCGAGCCCUGAGGAUGCGCCCCGAGCAGAAGAGCAAGUUGCUGUUCGCCGUAGACGGCCGGCGGCGCGUCAACCCGCCACUGCCGAACGGAUUCUGGGGCAACGCCAUCGUCUUCGCAUGCUGCAUUUCUAACGCCAGCGACCUCCUCAGCAGGCCACUGUCAGCGGCAUCGCGUUCCAUCAAGGCUGCCAUCAGCCGCACAGACAACGCGUUUAUCCGUUCCGCCGUUGACUACAUUGAGCUCAACCGAGUGGCUCGCCCGUCGCUGACGGCGACGACUCUCGUCACUGCUUGGAACCGACUUGAGUUCCGAACCGCGGAUUUUGGAUGGGGACAGGCAAGCCACUCGGGUCCGGCGGAGCUGCCGCAUAAAGAGGUGGCAAUGAUUCUGCGUGGCGUGCGUGAUAGCGACAGCAUGGUGCUUGUAGUUGGAUUGCCUCUGUCGUGUGUGCAAGCGUUCCAAGAAAUGGUAGACAAACUAUAA